GGUGGAGAGUUUCAUUGAACACCAAGAUGCUUGCAGUAUUGGGCGACUUUUACCAGAAUCCCGCACUUUGCAGCCUACGGUCUGCUUGUCCCAGAGGCCAUCCACUGACAUCAAUUUUUUAAGCAAUGUGGGCUAUAAGAAUUCUUGGCCGGGCUUAGGUCUAGACCUCCAGCUAUCAGCAAAAUCAAGUGUUUCAAAUUCGACAAAAGUGGCAGGUCAAGACCAUUCAACACAGUUGCAACUCUCCAUUGGCUCAUCAGUAAUCAACGAGCAAAAUGAAAUGGAUAGUAGAGAAGAUGAACAGUUAAGAAUGGCCAUGACUGAAAAUGCUUAUGCUCAAGAGGCGAGGCAACUGGCGAAGAGACAGAUUGAAAUGGCGGAGAAGGAAUUUGCUAAUGCUAAGCGAAUAAGGCAUCAAGCACGGGCAGACUUAGAGAAAGCCCAGGCCCUAAAGCAGCAUGCAACAAUGCAAAUAAAUGACAUCGUCUUGGAAUUCACUUGCCAUUCUUGCAGGCAAUAA